UGCUGCCGGGAGUGCGCACGUACAGGGUGGGUGUGGCUCUGCGUGUUAUCGGGGCAGCGCACGUAGGGAGCGGGUGCGCGUUCUUGCGGUGAGCUCUGAAAGUUGUACCAGAGUCCCAGGACUGCUCCGGCUUUUAUAGGCGACAUGGACGAUCUGGACGCAUUGCUGGCUGAUCUGGAAUCUACAACCUCCCAUAUAUCCAAACGUCCAGUAUUUUUGGCAGAAGAGACCCCAUAUUCCUUUCCAAGUGGAUGUCAUUCAUAUCAAGAAAUCACUAUACCUGCUGCAUCAACAGCAAAGGCUCUCAAUGGGACUUUACCAGAUUCACUAGACUCCUGGACAAGCAACACUCCCACCAAGCAGGACGUAGAUCUAAAGAACCCCUUGUACUCUUCUGGUGCCAAAGACAGUUCAGGUUCACCCAGUUUGGUCGAAGAAGAACAUGUGUACAGUUUUCCCAAUAAGCAGAGAUCUGCAGAGCCAUCUCCUACUGUCAUGAGCUCAUCAUUAGGCAGCAAUUUGUCGGAACUGGACCGUCUACUCUUGGAACUAAAUGCAGUACAGCAAGCCCCAACCAGCAACUUGUCUGCAGAUGAUCUAAGCCGAAGCAUGCCUCAACCAGUGGCUCCUGUACCACUUUUUAGUGCCUUAGAUUGCUCUGGAUCUGGUAGUAUGAAAAAUGUCCAGCCAGCAGCAGAAAAGCCAAAGCGCAAUGGAACCCAGGGAAUAGAGGAUGUCCGUCCAAGUGUUGAGAGUCUUCUGGAUGAACUAGAAAGCUCUGUUCCACCUCCAGUUCCAUCAGUCAUAAUGCCUCAAGGAAAUAUCAACAGCCCUCCAGGAGACAAUUCAAGUCAACAGCAGACCCGGAUCUCUGCAUCUUCUGCAACCCGGGAGCUAGAUGAGCUCAUGGCUUCUCUCUCAGAUUUCAAGAUCAUGGCCAAGGGAAAAUCUGUAAGUAACUCUCCUCCAUCGAAUACUCCAAAGCCUGGAAGUCAGUUGGAUAAUAUGCUGGGAAGUCUGCAGUCUGACCUUAACAAGUUGGGCGUUGCAACAGUAGCCAAAGGAGUGUGUGGGGCUUGCAAGAAACCAAUUGCUGGGCAGGUUGUUACAGCGAUGGGAAAGACUUGGCAUCCUGAACACUUUGUAUGUACACACUGUCAAGAGGAGAUUGGGUCCCGCAACUUUUUUGAGCGAGAUGGGCAGCCAUAUUGUGAGAAAGAUUAUCAUAACCUGUUCUCUCCUCGCUGUUUCUACUGCAAUGGACCCAUUUUGGAUAAAGUGGUAACUGCCUUGGACAGGACUUGGCAUCCUGAACAUUUCUUCUGUGCACAGUGUGGAGCUUUCUUUGGACCAGAAGGUUUCCAUGAGAGGGAUGGGAAGGCCUACUGCCGCAAAGAUUAUUUUGAUAUGUUUGCUCCCAAGUGUGGUGGAUGCACCCAUGCUAUCUUGGAGAAUUACAUCUCUGCCCUGAAUACUUUGUGGCACCCAGAAUGUUUUGUUUGUCGGGAGUGUUUUACACCUUUCAUUAAUGGGAGCUUCUUUGAGCAUGAUGGGCAACCUUACUGUGAGAUGCAUUAUCAUGAGCGCCGUGGUUCUCUCUGUUCUGGCUGCCAGAAGCCAAUCACAGGCAGAUGCAUCACAGCUAUGGGGAAGAAGUUCCACCCAGAGCAUUUUGUCUGUGCCUUUUGCCUGAAGCAACUCAACAAAGGAACCUUCAAGGAACAGAAUGACAAGCCUUACUGUCAGAACUGCUUUGUUAAGCUCUUCUGCUAGGGAACAAUGCACUUUUUACUCCAAACAUUUCACAUACUUAAGUGUGAACAACUGGCAAAGGGGUCAAGGGGAUAAGCAAUACUGGCAGCAUUGAUUAUAAAGAGAAUGUAUGUUAAAGAUCCCUGUUUUACACACACUCAGUCAGGAGUGGCUCCUUAUUAAGUAACUGUUUCUAACCAUUUGCAUCAGGAAGCUCCCCUACCAGCUCUGUUUUGACACCCAAAUACCUGUGUAAUGUUAACCAGAAAUCCUCAUCUUUGGGCAUACAGUCGCACCACUGACUGACGCACAAGCAAGGUAACGGGUCAUUCAUUAUACAUACCAGGGAAGGAAUUUUGUACUAUGCAGAAAUUAGGGCACUUUGUGUGUGGUUAAAUAGUAGUGCUGAUUUACUGCUAAAAAUGAAUCCAUUUCCAACCCUUUGAAUAGAGAGAGCAGUGAAUAUGGCAAUUUUAUGUAUAUUUGAGUAGACCCUCCCAGCUUGUGUAGUUCUGGGUAAAGCUGCUGAGGUACAGGGCCUGGAAACUGCAGCAAUAACAUUUUCUACUGACAGGUACUGGUAACUUGUCAUCUGUCUGGCAGGUAUUCAAUACUUGCCACUGGUUUUAUAAUCAGGAAUGCAACCUACUUGCCUUAUUAAAAAAAGCAAGAUUUUGUAAACUUGGUUUAAACUCAUUUCAUUCAGUUUUAUUGACAAAAGAUGCCUUUUUUUAUAAGCAUAUAUAUGCAUAUAAUACAUAUAUGGACUGAAUUAUGUUUCUUAUUGACUCUUGCUUUGAUUAAACCUGGCUAUUAACAUUUUCAUAUUUUAAGUGUGGAAUUAAUGUAUUAACAAUGUUUGGACAUUUUUGAUUAAAAAGCAGUAUUGCCACUUUAAAGCAAGUUGAUUAUGCCUGGUGGGGGAAGAAAACACUUAUGUGAUUAUUAAUGCCAAAAAACCAUCUAUUGAGUAUAUCGGUUAAACAUUUGUGUUGCCUCUCCCACUGCAUGAACCAAUGUUAUAAUGACAUUUUUUGAAAGUGAAUAGUCUGAAAGCCAUUCUGUUUAAGAAUUAUAAGUGAACUAUGAACUGUGUGUGCAUGGAAGUUCUUGGGGCUCGCCGCAACCUGUAUUUUUGUUGAGCUUUUCAGCAUGCAAAGAAGCACCAUGAUUAUAAUGCCAAAGAGUGCGCAGGAGAGUUUAUGCCUUCUUUUUCUAAAGAUUCCAGAAAAAUGUGUUUUUGGAGUAUGGUCUUCAUUUAAAGAUCACGUAUCACCCCUCCAAGUUAGGGAAAACCGUUAGGCAUGCAAAUGGGCAGGGCAAGAUGAUAUGCUCUUCUGUGUACAUCCAUAAGCCCCUAAAGUUGCAGGCGCAUACUAACUUAUGGCUAUACACAGCAGGGCAUGGAGGUUGCCAGUAUCUCCAAAUAAAAGCCUCAUUGACUGCACUGCCUACAGAUCAAGCUCUAUCAGUCCACAACUCCAGUGGGGAUGUAUUUUUUAAAUUAGAAGCCUUGUAUUAUGCACUGUAUAAUUACUUAGCUAUAUAUUUUCAUAUAUACAUAUCCGCAAUACUGCUGCUCCUUAUGAUAUGUAUAAAUGCAAGUAGAGAUGAAAUAUUCUGUGCACAAAAAAAAAAAAGCUAUGUCCUCUGUACUGUGUAAAAGAAAUGCAUAGAUCUGUUUCUCCUACAUUUUGCCAUUAUAUAUGUGGCUCUAUAAAACUUCUCCCAGCAGUCUAACUCGUGUGUUAAUGCUAGGAGACAAUCGGUCCCUGCCUUACCUUGUUCUAUUGUAAAGCGAUUGAUUCUGGGGCUUGAAGACCCUCUGUGUUCCAGAGAAUUUGUGCAUGACCUACUGUGGAAAGUAGAAGGACUUCAAGUCCCAGAAUUCAUCACUGCAAAAUAGAACAAGACAAGGGAGGGGUUGAAUAAGUCUGUCAACCUACGGGUGAGAACACAUGCUACGUCUUGUCACCUGUACGGAAUGCAUUUUGGGACAUUCUGCAGCGAAAUACCUGUCCUGCAUGCAAUGUCCUAUGCCUUCGGAAUGGCGCAUCGGUUGCUUUUGCCGUCACCCAUCGUCCAAAUCUGCAAUCACACCUCCGUCCUGUACCCUCCCUUCUCAGCCUUCUGCUCUCAGCCUUCCCCCCUCUGCCCUCAAUCCUCCGCCCUCAGUCCUCUUCCUUUUAUUCCUCUUCCUUCAGCCCUCUUCCCUCCGCCCUCACUGCUCAGCACUCCCCCCUCAGAUCUCUAUUUUCAGCCAACAGUUUUAUCCAUAAGUUUCUAAAGUGGUGAGCGAGGGCGGAAGGAAGAGGACUGAGGGUGGAAGGAAGAGGACUGAGGGCGGAAGGCAGAUGACUGAAGGAGGAGGAUGGAGGGCUGAGGGUGGAAGACUGAGGGAGGAAGGCUGACGGCGGAGUUUGUAUGAGUGACGGCUGAGAAGGGAGGGUACAGGACGGAGGUGUGAUUGCAGAUUUGGACGAUGGGUGACGGCAAAAGCAACCGAUGCGCCAUCCCGAAGCCAUAGUACAUUGCAUUGCGGACAGGUAUUUUGCUGCAGGAUGUCCUAAAAUGCGUUCUGUACACCUGCACUUAAUCUUCUCCAUCAUUGGAGUCAAAAGGUCGGCCUUUACAUUGAUGUCAGUGUGAAUCACUGGUGGUAAAACACUGGAUUCGUAUAAAUUACAGGAGAAGGCUCUUGCUUGAUUCACAAUAUCACAGGUGCAAAUGUAUUUAAGCGUGGAGGAGCUUACUUCCCCUUGGCUUUUUUUAAAUCUUUAGCUUGAAUUUGGCUUUCAAAGUGCCCCAUAGGAAAAAGGUGACAGCAUCUGGAAUUCCUCUGUGCGCUGAACCAGAAGUCAGCUUCGUACCGAUAACCUAAAGCACCUAAGUUGUUUUUUUUCAGUGUCUGCAGCUUAAAUUUAUGUUUCUAUUCCUUCAGAAAGCUUUGGGGGUAAUGAUGUUAGCAUAUAUUUAAGCUGCAGAAGCUGAAAAAGCUUUGGUGCGUUAGGUUAUUGGUAGGAAGCGGAAUUCAAGCUGCCAUCGCCUUUCUCCUGUGGGGGAAAGUCAAAUUCAAGCUGAAGAUUUAAAAAAAAUCCAAGGGAAAGUAAGCCUUAUUAUUAUACAAAAUGCAAAAAGGAAAAGUUAUGGGAGCACUCCAUGACUAAAUAAAAAUAUACUAAAAUACAAUGGAAGUGCUACUGAUCUAUUAUCUAUUAUUAUAGCAGUUUUGGGGGGAAAUUAAGCAUUCAAAAAAAUUGGUAUUACUGUUCCUUUAAGGCUGGGCAACAAAAUGUAGCACGUGCCAAUACCUUAGCGCAGUGGCCGACCUGAGAUAAAAAUGGACGACUGUGGCCAGCAAAUCUCCCGAAAAUGUGUCUCCGUUGAAAGUAAAUCGCCUGUGGUAAAACAAAUGCAUCGCACAUAAAUAAUCGCAGGUGACAAAUCUCCCUGUCGGCCACUGUCCUUAAGGUGCUAAGAAAUGGUCGAUCAUUGUUUCCUUUCAAUCUGUGGAAUCAGAAUCACACAAACCUUUUCAACAUACCCUCAGUCUGCAGCCUGAUUAGUCAAAUAUAUAAAAAACUGACCAAUAUGUGGCCAGCUUUAGAAAACUGCUGAAUAAAUGCAAAAAGUUCAUUUUAAGGUGCCUGCCCUCCUGGAUGCAAUUGACACAACUUUGCCUGUAAAAACUCCUGUCUUGAGCUUGUUGUUUUUCAACAAUGUUUGCUUGUAAAACUUGUUUCUAUACUGUACAAUGCAUUGACGAGGUUAUAUUGAACACUCCAAUUUUGUUGUUAUUUUUUUAUGUCACAAUGGUUUAAAAUUACAUCCAUCGUCAUUUCAAAAUGUUAAAUGCAUAAAAGCACCUUCAGUAUAUGUUCUGAAAAUAACUGGUCCACAUUAUUGGUAAAUUCAUUUCAUGCACCGCUUUUCUUCAGAACUGUCGUGACACUAGUGAUUUGUACAGUCAUGCGACGGAAAAGCAAAAAGGAGCCUCCAGCUUGGAUCUAUCAUCUCAGAAUGUUUAGGUUGAUUGUUAACGUGAUUCUCUCUGUUGGUUUAACUUUGUUACUGCUGCACAUUACUGGUGCUUCAAAGUUGUGACCACAACUGUGAGAUUUGCUAAACGCAAUUUGCAUUGUAACCAGCUUAAUGAACUUUUUGACACUUUUUUUUUUUCAUCCAAUAAUGGCAAUAAAAUUUACAAUCAUUUGUUUUACUGAA